AUGGCAAAUCAUUGUUUCGUUUGUGAAUUAAUAGAUUUGAAAAAUGUAACUAAUUCUAAAUUUCAGUUAUCAUCAAAAGAAGUAGAAAAAAUAGAAGAAGCUAAAAUAAAAGCAAAAUUUCCUAUGGCAGCUAAUAAACCUUUGAGUGGACAUUCAGCUUUCUUACAAAAAAGAUUAGCUAAGGGGCAAAAAUUCUUCGAUUCUGGUGAUUACAACAUGGCGAGGCAAAAACAAGCCCCCAGAAGCACUCCAACAACUGUUCCCGUGUAUGGAACCGGAGAAACCAUACCCACUCCGGAAACUGUUCCUGUGCGUAAAACAUCAAUAAUCCAGCCUAAAUUUCCUUCUAGUGCUGUUUAA